AAAUAACCAAAUUAAACAAGAUUAUGAAACAUUAUAAAAUUGGAAAUAAAAAACCACAUACAUAGGUUAUGAUAUACGUCAUUGCAAAAUUAUUAUAAAAUAAUCUGCUGUCUAAGGUUAACAGGAAACCAACCAGCGUUUUAUUUCUUCGGUGCGCGUGGUGUAACUCCGUAUAUUGGUUAUGAAACCUAGGCACAUAGAAACACGGGCAAAGGAGCACUUGGAUCGGGACAAGUCCUCACACAUGUUUUCAUGUAAAACAUCUAAUUCUGUUUCACUAUUCCUGAUUCUGCACGCAAUAAUUUGCCCUUUACAUUGAUUGGGAAAAUCCUUCCAUCAUUAUCACUAUUUAAUUCUAUUACAUGACUUACCAUAGUAUUCAGCUAAGUACUGUAGUAGUAGGCCUGCUUGACAUUAUUUUUUUUUUUUUUUGCAUUAAUUAUAACUGCCUGUAAAGAUAAUAUUUCGGAAAUAAAAGACGUUGAUGGGAAUAAUUUGGAUUUUGUUAAUUCUUAAAGUUAAAUAAUAAAUUGUUCUUAGAUUUUUUCAUAGUUUGUUCUUAGAAAAAAUGUAAUCAAUUUAUACUUAAAUAAACUCUAUCCAACGUUAAUGUAAGUACUAUCUCGAAAAGAAGCCCUUACUAUCUUUUGAUUAAAAGAUCAAAUUAAAAUUAUAAAAUAAAUUUAUAUUUGAAUAAACACUAUCCAACGUUAUUGUCUUAUAGGUCUUCCUACUAAUAGCUGGUUGGUAAGGAAUUGCAUAGCUUUUGACUUGAAACAAGAAAUUGUGAUUGACGUGAAUAUGCCGAUUCGUUACUUUCAACAUAUAAGAAAUCGAAGUGUUCAGGGAGCUUUUAUCACAUUCCUUGUUUUGCUGUUGACGAGAUUCUUUCAGGAAAUACAAGACAUCGUCAUCAAAACACCAGUCCUUGGGUUGAAGUCAGAACAAGGAUUGUUUUCACGUCGUGACGAUGAUUGGUUUGCUCAUCCUCUUGAUAAACACCAUACUGAAUCUGUUAGACGAAAAGUUGAAAACGAGUCCGCGUACUUCAUAGAAAACCCAAAUUCUGUAGUCAAAAAUUACAAUUUUGGCGUCUCCCAGCAGCAUAGAAGAACUUUGCUGCGAGAUGAGUGUCGUUAUCGAGCAGAGAGCAGCAAACCUGUCACAGAGUAUCGUCAAAAUAUUUCGAAAGGUCUCCAGUACAUUCUUGUUGUUGAUUGUCUACGCUUGAUUUUCUGUCAAGUGCGUAAGGUAUCCUCCGUCACAUGGCGCAUGGCAUUGGAAGAGGCCUCCGAGAAACUCGAAUGUGGAUCGGUUCGUCUCUUAGGUUCUUACUCGGAUAUUGAAAAGCAAAAGAUCAUACGGGAAUAUACCAAGGCGAUAUUCGUUCGUGAACCGAUAGAAAGACUUGUUUCGGCUUGGAACAAUAAGUUUGCAAAAGGAAGAUUUUAUGAAAAGCUGUACGGUCCAGUGAUAGUUGAAAAGUAUCGGAAACCAGCUCUGCCAGACAACCAACGAUCUAAAAAGAAUGAUACAUAUUUGGUCCGAGAGACUGCCAUCAACAAACCUACCUCUCUUAAUAAACGUGAUGAUUCAAUAUUCUAUAAUAUAACAUUCGAAGAGUUUAUAAGCUAUAUAGUCGACCCUGAUGUCAGUGUCGCCUCUGGUGCCGAUAUGCAUUGGCAGGACGUAGAGACCAGAUGUGCCCCAUGUGACAUUGCUUAUGACUUUAUCGGUCAUUUUGAAACGAAAACUAUUGACGCUCAGGCAUUGUUUAUGAAACUUGGUACAGAGGUACCUUCUCAUUUUCGAAAACAUCACCAAUCCUUAACAAAUAAUAUAUUGCGAAAAGAACUCAAAACCUUGCCAAAGUAUAUAAUUCAUAAACUGUAUGCAAAAUACAAAUCAGACUAUAGGUUAUUCGGCUACAAACAACAUAUAGGCCUAACGAAACUUUAAUUCCAGGUAAAAUUCGCCUACUAUUAGUAUUUUUUGGUUCUAAAAACAAACCUAUGAAAUGCUUUUAACGAAUGGUGCAUUUUCAUUUACCUUUUUUUGGCGAAGACAAUUUUUCAUAUAACUUUUAAAUAAUUCACAUCGACUUAUUAUAAUUUACAAUAAUUUUCCAUCGUGUCUUGCCCUUUGACUUUCUGUUUUUACUCCUUUUUUAAAAUAUAUAAUAGCACAUGUUGAACUGCAGUAAUUCAUUAUCAUAUUUAUUUUUAUCAUAAUUAAGGUGUUACAAUCUCUUUUCGUAAUUUUGUGAAGAUAAUCUUUAAAGUAAUUACAAUAGGGUAGAAAAUACUACGCUCUUUAGAGUGGAAAUUAGUUGUUUGUGAGGUUUUAACAAUUAAAACAGUGUAUGAACUUGGGUUGAAUUCACAAUGGAUUUAGACUCAGAGGCCUAAUUUUAUAGAUUAGUUUGUACAGAAAUGCCUGUCUGUAUUAUGUCUUAGUCAUACCACGUUAAAAGCACCAGUUCUUGUCCGAUCACCGAGGUAACCAACGUUGGGCCUAGUUAGAUUAAGAUAUACGGUGAAUAUUUAUUUCAUAUGUUGUGUAGUUAACAAAAUUGAAUAACUGACGUAUUGUAGUGUUGCUAUAUUGCUGUAUUGAAUAUAAUACACACACUGCCGAUGCAAUUCCACGAGAGCGCAACGUGACGAGGUGCGUGAAACGGAUUGUUUUUGAUGAGGAUCAUCAGAUUCAAACACUCACAGACGAUGGAGAUUCAUCAGUCGCAGUGUGUAACCAGCUUCAGACAGUACGGUAACAGUGCAGUCUCCUAAAAUCACCACCGAAAAUAUGACAUUUAUCAAUAAUAAUAAUAAUAAUAAUGUUAUUGUUAUUAUUUAUUUAUUUACUUAUUUUAUUAUUAUUAUUAUUGUGCAAGUCUUAUAACAUUUAUAUAUAUGUAU